AUGUCUGUUUGGCUUUCUAGUGGAUCCAGGUGGAUUUCCUCUCCUGCCUGUGGUGGAGGAUCAGUUAAAAUGACUGGCACAGGAGGAAGCUUUGAUACUGGUAGUGUAUGUGGUUUUGGUGGGGGCUCUCAUCCAGGAUUCAGCACUGGCUUAACCAGGGGAGCAGGUGGUGGCUUCAGUGGUGGCUAUGGUGGUGGUUUCGGUAGCAUCUCAGCUGGAGGAAGCUAUGGAGGUACAUUGUGUAGUAGUUCAUUUGGGGGCUUGGGUACUGGCUUUGGUGGGGGCUUUGGUGGACCUGAUAGCAACCUUCUUUCUGGUGGUGAAAAGGAAACCAUGCAGAAUCUUAACGAUCGCUUAGCUAACUACCUUGACAAGGUGCAUGCUCUGGAAGAGGCAAAUGCUGAUCUUGAAUACAAAAUCCAUCAGUGGUAUGAGAAACAUGGUCCUGCUGCUGCUGAAUUAACCCGUGAUUACAGUAAAUAUUACCAAAUAAUUGAAGAUCUUAGGAACCAGAUCAUAUCUGCAACUAUUGGCAAUGCCAGCAUAGUCUUACAGAUUGAUAAUUCCCAGCUUGCUGCUGAAGACUUCAGACUGAAGUAUGAAAAUGAGCUGUUCCUGCAUCGAAGUGUUGAAGCCGAUAGCAAUGGUUUGCGGAGAGUCCUAGAUGACCUGACUAUUGCUAAAUCCAACCUGGAAGCACAGCUUGAAAGUCUGACUGAGGAGCUGGUGUAUCUUAAGAAGAGCCAUGAGGAGGAAAUGAAAUCCCUGAAAAGUACUUCCACAGGUGAUGUGAAUGUAGAAAUUAAUGCUGCUCCAGGAAUUGAUCUGACUAAACUUCUGAAUGACAUGAGAGCACAGUACGAAUCCCUGGCUGAACAGAAUCGUAGAGAGGCUGAAGAACAGUUUAAUAAAAUGAGUCAACCACUGCAGAAACAGAUCUAUGAUGAUGCUGGGGCAGUAAGCUCAGCCACGAAUGAGUUAACUGAAAUGAAACGCACUAUCCAAGGACUGGAGAUUGAGCUACAAACAGUUAUGGCCCAGAAAUGCUCCCUUGAAGGCACCCUGGCAAGAACUGAAGAAAAUUACAGUGCUCAGCUUUCACAAAGACAGCUGCAUAUUAGCAAUCUGGAGGAACAAUUACAGCAGAUCAGGUCUGAAAUGGAGUGUCAGAAUGCUGAAUAUGAACAGCUCCUGGGCAUCAAAAUACGUUUAGAGAUGGAGAUUGAAACCUACAAGCGCCUGCUAGAUGGAGAAGGAGGUGGUUUUGGAUCUGGAGGUUAUGGACACCAAGAAUCAAGAGUUCAAAUCAAAGAACCAUAUAAAACUCAAGUGAUUAAGACAAUUGUUGAAGAGUUGGUGGAUGGCAAAAUAGUCUCAUCUGAAGUCAAAUCAGUUGAAGAAAAGCCAGUUAAAUAA